AUGGCAAUCGACGCUACAAUGGCUACGGAGGAAGACAUUGCGAUGCGACAAUAUCGUGCGCGUUCGGAUAAAAUUUCAAGUAUUAUGGGAGGAUAUCUGCUGAAGGGGUGGCGUAUGUUGGGUGAGACCUGCGACGCCUGUGACACAAUCCUCCUAAUGGACCGAGAAGGCCAGACCUACUGCAUUGGCUGCUCCGAGAUUGAUGGCAAACAUGACCCACCAGCACCUGCAGUCACAAGCGGUGGCGGUUUGACCAAUGGCGCAUCUGGGGACAAACAAUUAACUCCUGUAUCUCAGGACAGUCACACAACAACACGAGAGUACGCUGUUCUCACUGAGCAUCCUGCAUCAUCAGUUGAAAUGGCAACAGUCAUGGUUCCUCGUGCACCGUCUAACCAGUCUCUCGAAACUGGACCAUCCACGGGCCUCCCUGCGCCAGUAUCUGCUAUCCGAGAUAAACUACUCUUCUGUCUUUCUCGCCUGGAGUCCUGUGAUUCUGCGGAGGAAAUCCAACAAUGGGCCGGUGCUAUCAAGGGUCUCUCAGAAGCAUUUGUUUGUGUAAAAAAGUGUUCUUUCUGA